CCCGCCACAUUACACACUUCCCUUUAUCAUCUUCAAUUUCAUUCUUCUUUAAACCCAUAUUAUCUUUGUCCAUAACUUAAUAUGGCUACCACUCCAGCUUUUCCUCUUCUUCAGCUUCGUUUAACCAAACCCAGACCCAAACCCACUGCUUCGUGUUUUAAACCUUAUGGCACAUCUAAGUUUGGAAUAGUAAAAUGUGGAUCAUCUUCUAAUGGGAGAGAGCCUGAUUCAGCUGACAAUGGUGUUAAAAGUGUGGAACGUUUACUUGAAGAGAAACGCCGGGCUGAGUUAUCUGCCAGGAUUGCUUCUGGAGAAUUCACUGUUCAGAAAUCUGGUUUCCCUUCUCUAUUGAAGAAUGGUUUGUCGAAAAUUGGUGUUCCCAGUGGGGUUCUUGAAAUCUUAUUUAAAGGGGUUGAUGAUGUUGAAGAUUAUCCCAAGAUUCCAGAGGCGAAAGGGGCGAUUAAGGCCAUCCGAAGUGAGGCCUUCUUCAUCCCUUUGUAUGAGCUUUACCUCACUUAUGGUGGGAUUUUCAGGCUAACCUUUGGACCAAAGUCGUUUUUGAUUGUUUCCGAUCCCUCCAUUGCUAAGCAUAUAUUGAAGGACAACUCAAAGGCUUAUUCAAAGGGUAUAUUAGCAGAGAUUUUGGACUUUGUCAUGGGGAAAGGACUUAUCCCAGCUGAUGGUGAGAUAUGGCGCAUUAGAAGACGUGCUAUAGUCCCAGCGCUGCAUCAAAAGUAUGUAGCAGCUAUGAUUAGCUUAUUUGGACUGGCUACCGAUAGGCUUUGCCAGAAACUAGAUGAUGCUGCAACUGAUGGGGAAGAUGUAGAAAUGGAAUCGCUUUUCUCCAGGUUGACACUAGACAUUAUUGGCAAGGCAGUAUUUAAUUAUGAUUUCGAUUCAUUAACAAAUGAUACCGGCAUAGUUGAGGCUGUUUACACUGUUUUGCGGGAAGCAGAAGAUCGAAGUGUCUCUCCUAUUCCAACCUGGGAGAUUCCUAUUUGGAAAGACCUUUCACCACGACAAAGGAAGGUUACUGAAGCACUCAAAUUGAUUAAUGAUGUACUAGACGAUCUAAUUGCGACAUGCAAGAGGUUGGUAGAAGAAGAAGAGCUACAGUUUUCUGAUGAGUAUAUGAAUGAACAAGAUCCUAGUAUUCUCCACUUUCUGCUGGCAUCAGGGGAUGAUGUUUCUAGCAAGCAACUCCGUGAUGAUUUAAUGACAAUGCUUAUUGCUGGGCAUGAAACAUCGGCCGCCCUUUUGACAUGGACCUUCUAUCUUUUAUCAAAGGAACCUAGUGUUGUAUCCAAGCUCCAGGAUGAGGUUGACUUCGUUCUUGGAGAUCGGUUUCCAACGAUAGACGACAUGAAAAAACUCAAGUACACAACUCGUGUUAUUAAUGAAUCUCUGAGGCUCUAUCCACAGCCACCGGUCUUAAUACGACGUUCUAUUGAGAAUGAUGUGCUUGGAAAGUACCCAAUAAAAAGGGGUGAAGAUAUUUUUAUCUCUGUUUGGAAUCUGCAUCGAAGUCCAAGUCUCUGGCAAGAUGCAGAGAAGUUCAAUCCUGAAAGGUGGCCUUUAGAUGGACCGAAUCCUAAUGAAACAAACCAAAAUUUCUGUUACUUGCCCUUUGGUGGAGGACCUCGGAAAUGUGUAGGAGACAUGUUUGCAUCUUUCGAGACUGUUGUAGCAGUUGCAAUGCUUGUCCGGCGAUUUAACUUCCAAAUGGCACUUGGAGCUCCUCCAGUUGAAAUGACUACUGGAGCAACUAUCCACACAACGCAGGGGCUGAAGAUGACAGUUACACGAAGAAUGAAGCCUCCGAUUAUCCCUGAAAUAAACAUGGAGGGAUUGAAGAUGGAAGGAACUGCCCGGAUUUUGGAAGCAGAGACCCAACUUGGAGAGAAAGGUGAAGUUUCUCAAGCUCAUUCAUAGGUGGAAUAGCUUGCUACAUUUAGCUUCAUUACACGAUGCAUAUGCAUGGGGGGGAAGUAAUGUUGAUAGACAUAAGCAUUGGGAGAAAGUCGGUAAAUAUUAUAGUAUAUGCUUCCCUUCAAAACUAGCUGUUUAAUGCAAUUAAUUAUUUUCUAUUUAA